ACGGUAUGACCGCAAGAGUACUGUUUUUAUAAUUUUCCUUUCUGAAAGUACAUGACUCCAGGUAGGGGGACAUACGUAUCAUGGAAAGAUUUGAUCCUGAAUUCAUACGAACGCUUGUAGUUGAGGGAAAAUCAUACAAGGAAAUUAGUAAGGUGCUUAACGAAUUGCUUCCCAACACGAGGGGAUUAAGCGAGCGGUCGGUGCGACGCUUUUGCAAUCAAAAGGAGAUUCACUACAGAUCUGGACUUGGGAAACAGCACCUGAAAGAAGCCGUUUCGGUUGCAAUAUCAGAGUUGGGUCCAACCUAUGGAAGGAAAAUGCUAAAAGGUUAUUUUCAAUCAAAUGGCGUUCGCGUUAGCCAAAGACGGUUAUCGGAAACAGCGAGGGAAAUUGCUCCACAUUACCACAGAGCUCGAGCUAACGACACAGCAAGAUUACGUAAUCCUGUUCCAUAUAAAGCUCUUUAUUUUGGACACAAACUACACUGUGACCAGAAUGAGAAGCUGGUUGACUAUGGAGUGACACACGUGUGUGCUAUUGACGGAYAUUCCCUGAUGGUAGUUGGAUUUUGCACAGUGCCAGUGAAAAACAACAUUGCCAUCUAUGGAAAUUGUACAGGUACUGGUGGUUUAACGUCAACAUGUUCGAAUUUUAAUGCAAUUUAUUUAUUCUAUUCUAAUAUUUGUUUACCUCCAAUCCUUAGGUCUGUCGUAAUGAAGUAUGGUCUUUGGGAUCAACUAAGAACAGAUCAAGGCCUCGAAUUUUACCUAUCGUUGGGCAUUCAAGAAUUGCUUGUCCCUCUUAGAAAUGACCCAACUAAAGAUCCACAUCGACGAACGACUUCAAAAAAGAACCUUCCAGUUGAAAGAUUUUGGAGCGAGGUCAACCAACGAGCUAACUACCCAGUAAAGAGCUGUCUAAACAAUAAGGUGGGGGCUGCGCAAUUGCGAAUGGACGAUGAGUGCACAAAGUUCUGCGUUUCUACAUUUACAACCCACGUGGUUCAAGUUGAAAUCAAUCGUCUAAUUCAGUCAUGGAACUGCAGACCUGCAAGUUGGAAAAGGAAAACACCUAUUGAAAUGAUGAGAGCAAAUAAUGGAAUUGCAAAUUUGACAGAAGAACAGGUCCCUGAUGGGUUGACUGAAGCACAGAUCUAUGAAGGUAAUGGAGGAAAUCUCACAAGAUUUGGCAGUUUUGGUCUGGAUCCUUUACAAGGAAAUCAGGAGCUGUCGAUGCAGAGAGAGCAACUGCUUCUCCAAAAUAUUGCUUCAUAUGAAGCAAUAUUUAAUCAACUACAAAACAGUAAAGUCCACCAAAACUCAAGUGGCAACUAUUAUGGCUAA